AUGGGAAAGAGAACGCUCUCGUGUGCUCCAUCUCCAUCAGCCGAUGGGACGAUCAAUGGGGCUGUAAACAACGGAACAAUCGGAAGAGUUGGAAAUAUAAAUGGGUUCAUUGCUGGAUCAUCCGAAUCAAAAAGAGAUCGGGAAAAAGAUUUAAAUAACGAGAUCGACAACUUCUUUCAAAGUCCUUCCGAACGACAAUCAUCCAAUCUAUUUUUGCGGAAAUCGGAAAUUGAACAAGAUAUUUCCAACGAAACGGGCAACGAGGCCGAUCAUGAAUUACAAGAUGAUGCCGAUUCAGAUUUGGAUACAGCAGAUAAUAAGGAGGCAAUUGAUGAUCAAGAAGAGGUGAAGGAGGCGACCAAUGAUGUGAAGACAAACAAA